UAAAACUAGUGGUACAAUAUUCCAGGGAGUAAAAUAGUCUUUUUUAAUAGCAGAAAAUAAGAAUUAGUUCGUUAUUGAAUGAGUAACUUUAACACCUCAGAUCUGCAAUUUUAAAAGAAAGGAUUAAACACAUGAAAAAUCAAAGGCAUUUUAAUGAGAUUAGUGUACUUAUAUCGCGUGUUAUAUCAUACUGUUGCCUCACAUGGAAGGGAAAAUAUUACCAUUAAACUAUAAGCGCAAAAAAGAAAAGGAGGAAAGAGCGAAACGUAAUACGGAAAUGCAGGCUCUCUGCUUCCCUCCUCUGGAGGGCAUUAGAGUCGCUGUGCCUGUGUGUAACACACCCCCUCGAUAAGAUCGGCCUUAUUAGGGGGAAGGAGCGCUCCUGCCAUGGCGCCUAGGAGCCAGCUGAAGGCCAACACGAGGGCCUUGGAGCAGGAACUGCAGUGCCCGCUGUGUAAAGGCCUGGUAAAGCAGCCCAUCCUGUUGCCCUGCCACCACAGCGUCUGCCUUCACUGCGCCUCUCAGCUGCUCAUACAGAACGGAUACCCAGCCCCAGACAUGUCCCCCGAGCCCAACUCACCCGCGUCAACCCCCAACAGCCGCUCCCCACGCCUGGCCCGGCGGCCCAUGCCCAAGUCGGACCGCGUUGAGCGCGUGCUCCGAACAGGCAGCGGAACAUACCCGGGCCGGAGGCGGAAGGAGCCCCCACCCCCUAUGGUGCUGUUCCCCUGCCCGCCGUGCCAGAGGGAUGUUGAGCUGGGGGAGCGAGGCCUGGCCGACUGCCUGCGCAACCUGGCUCUGGAGCGUAUUGUGGAGAGGUACAGGAGCGCAAUUCACAUGUGCGGCGUGGUCGUCAUGUGCCAGUUCUGCAAACCCCCCCAGACCCUCGAGGCCACCAAGGGCUGUGCCGACUGCAGGGCCAACUUCUGCAACGAGUGCUUCAAGCUGUACCACCCGUGGGGGACACCGCGGGCCCAACACGAGCAUGUGCCUCCCACACUCACAUUCAGGCCCAAGAUGCUAACCUGUGCAGAGCAUGACCAGGAACGGCUGCACUUCUACUGUAAACCCUGCCAGCGCCUCCUGUGCUCCCUCUGCAAGCUGCGGCGAGCUCAUGGUGGCCACAGGAUCGUCCACGUCAGCCAUGCCUACCAGAGCCUCAGGGACAAGAUUGCCAAAGGACUUAACUAUGUCUUAGCCAAUCAGGAAACAGUGCAUACUCAGCUCAGCCAACUGGAGAAUGCCAUCACUCAGACUGAGCUGAACAGCGCUUCUGCACAGGAGCAGCUGGCGCAGAGCAUGCAGGAGCUGGCAGGGACCCUGGCUGGGCGGCGUCUGGAGCUGCAGCAGGAGCUGGAUGGUGCGCGGCUGAAGCGGGGGCGGGCCCUGGCGGCACAGCUAGCCAUCAGGUGGAGCCUGCUAGAGAACGCAGGCCUGCUGGCCUUCUCCCAAGAGCUGCUGAAGGAGGCCGACCCCCCCUGUUUCCUGCAGGCUGCCCUGCCCGCCCACUGCAGGCUGAUGAAGGCAAUCGAGUCUCUGCAAAGCUUCUCAGUGUCUGCCGAUCCUUUUCUGCGACACUUCCAACUGGACAUCACCCAUGAGCUGCAGCUUCUCACUAGCCUGGAUUUCACUGGGGCCCCUCUGGCGCCUGUGAUUGAUACCCAGCGCACUCUGGCCUAUGACCAACUCUUCCUUUGCUGGCGCCUGCCCCCGGGCUCUGCCCCCGCUUGGCACUAUUCCGUGGAGUUCCAGAGACGGGAACCGGGGCUGCGGGGGGCCGGUGGGAGAGGUCGGCGAGCCUGGCAGCGCCUGCAGGAGGUGACGGGCACAAGCGCAGUGAUCGACAAGCCAGAAGCUGGCUGCGUGUAUGCGCUGAGAGUGAGGGGCUGCAACCGGGCUGGCUUCGGAGAUUACAGCGAGGAGGUGUACCUGCACACCCCGCCGGCACCUGUGUUGGGCUUCCAGCUGGACGCGCGAUGGGCCCUGCAUGCCGACCACCUGCAGCUGAGCCGGGAGCAGCGCAGUGUGCGCAGUGUCCCGGGCCUCUCACUGCUGCAGGCCGCUGGUGAGGCCCUCACUUCCUGCCCUCUGACCUCUGACCUGCUGGUGGGCAGUGUGGCUGUCACGGAGGGCAGACACUACUGGGCGUGCUCUGUGGACCCUGGUUCCUACCUAGUCAAGGUGGGGGUGGGUCUUGAGGCCAAAUUGCAGGAGUGGUUCCAGCUGCCUCAAGACAUGGCAAGUCCUCGCUAUGACCCAGACAGUGGCCAUGACAGUGGAGCUGAGGACAGUCCAGAUGGCCCGCCCCCCUUCUGCUUCCUCACAGUAGGAAUGGGCAAGCUCUUCCUGCCCCAGGCCUGCAUCGGCGACUCAAACAGCCCCAGCAGCUUGGCUCUGCCCCUACCCUCUCGGCUGGGUCUUUGCCUUGACUUUGAAAAAGGCCGCGUCGUCUACUAUGAUGCUCAUACACUCCGCCCCUUGUGGGAGGGGCCGGUUGAUUGCACCGGCCCUGUUUGCCCAGCUUUCUGUUUCAUUGGUGGAGGGGCACUACAGCUUCAAGAGAUGAUGGCCAAUCGCAUCACAGAGCCAACCACCCCAAGAAGGGUGACGAUCCAAUCUCACACAUCUAGUCUGAACAACUGAGAUGCAGUAAUUCAGUGGAUUUUAACAUAAAGUUACCUCAAGUUUUUUUUUUUUUUUUAUAGAGCUUCCAUGAAAAGAUUACUUUUUAAUAACAAAGUAUUAAUUUUAUUGUCAUUUUAAUGCUUUUUUUGUUUUUAAUAAGAGCUUAAUAAGAGCUUUCUCUGGGAGUUACAUAAAACUUAUUUAUGCUUGCUACUUACAUGGGUGAAUUUGAUAUAUGUGAUUACAUUGAUAUUCAGGUGAUGUUCAUCUUUCAAUAUCCGCAUCUUAGGCACUGUGUACACAUGGUUCUAUAAUGUGUCUUGGGCGAUUGGAUCACAAAUGGAAAACCGAGACACAUCACUGGACACACGUCCAUCACGUGUCUCCAAGGUGUCCAGUUGGCCACUUGUGUUCAGAUUUUGUUACUGCCCCACGCACAGUUUUCUGAUAUCCCAGAUUUUCUUUGCUGGGAUGCAUUAAGCCACAUUAGCAUUUUCAUAACAAAACAGAUGUGGUCACAUGUUUCCCAGACCCCCUCAGCUAGAGGUUUGAGUAAUCUGAUCACAGUGUGUCUUUGUGCUUGUUUACACUUGUAUUUAGCUCUGUCCACUUGCGAUCCCAUCAUCCAAGAUAAAUUUUGAAGCCAAGUGUAAACAGGACCUUAAAUUCCUCAUUCUUACAUGAGUUUUGUUUUGCUGAGGCUGAUGAAAAGGAGACAUUCCCACUCCUUUUGCAGAACUUCAUUCAAUAUUUUCACUUACACAUUAUCAGUUAACUUAUCUAAAUGGUUGGUGUUUGUAAAUUAGGGCAGAGAUCAAGUGCUUGAGAGGAUUUAAUUUGUAUUUUUUUUCUCAGGCCUUUUUAUAUCAGUCAUCAUCAGGGGUGGACAGUAACAAAGUACAGUAAAACCUCGGAUUGCGAGCAUAAUUCAUUCCGGAAACGUGCUCGUAAUCUAAAGCACUUGUAUAUCAAAGCGAAUUUUCCCAUUAAAAAUAAUGGAAACACAACCAC